GCGAAAACCAAAACAAAGACAUAAAUUUCGUUUUUUUAGUGAAUUGAUUGUUAAUAGAAUUUUGCUGAUAUUAACUAUUGCAUAUACUACACACAGUAUUGUAAUUAACUACUGAAGAUGUAUGCAUAACACUUUUUUGUAAGAAACCGCUAAAGUGAGGUUAACUAAGAGGAAAAUAAAUUGUUGAUCGUUCUGAGAAAAUUCAACAUAAUAAACUAAAUGAACCAUACUCUUCUAUUACUAUGUAGUUUAAUGCUGCAGUGUUGUGCGUUAUCAGAGAAGCAUUUAAAUGUAUGCUUAAGAAUUGACUUAUUUUUUUAUGCAAAGGACUGCCAAGCAUUCUUCUUAAGAAGUAGCCAAUCUGAACACACAAGCUAUAAGAGGUUUCUGUUAGAAGAAUUAAUACUACAAGAUAAAAUGUCAAGUGAAAGUAGUUUUUAUCGACCAAGGAGUGCACUUGCCCGAGCACUGUGUGAGAAACAAAACAAUGAUAGAUAUCUCCAGGAACUCGAUCAGAAUGAGUGGUACCGAGUGAAUCGAGAUCGGCUAAGUCCAGAGCUGCAGCAAAAAUUCGUCCAGCUUCACCCUGAUGAAGAGACGAAACAAUUUCUCUCUGCCUCCAUCGAGAAGUCGUCUUGGGUCUGGACGCAGAUCUGGUAUCUUCUAGCCAAAGCUGUUUUGAAACGUUUCUGGUCGAUAACCGACAUUAAUGGGUGGUUGGGUCGUGGUUCAAUGUUUGUUCUGUCAGAGGCACAAGCACGGAAUUUGCUUAAAUGGACUCGAAAGCAAGCGGGACGGCUUGUGGAUCUCGGGGCAGGCGAUGGCGAAGUAAGCCGAAGAUUCGCUCACAUAUACUCGGAUAAAUAUGCUACUGAGAUAUCAUGGAGCAUGAGGAAGACACUGGCUAAGAAGGGAUACACGUUAUUAGACGUGGAUGAAUGGUGGCGCGACCAGCAGUUCGACUGUGUGUGCAUGAUGAACUUGUUGGAUCGAUGCUCCAAACCGAAGACGAUGUUGAAACAAGCUCGAGCCGCGAUCGCUCCUGGAGGCGUUUUACUCGUGGCGCUCGUCUUACCUUACAAGCCUUACGUUGAGGCGACCUCAGACCAUAAGCCUGAGGAGCGUCUUCCGAUCUACGACUGCUGCGAGUUCGAAGACCAGGUGACGGCCUUCGUGUCGUUCAUGGAGAAGGAAGCCGGCUACGAGCUGGUCUCCUGGACGCGGACGCCGUACCUCUGCGAGGGAGACUUCGCUCAGGCCUACUACUGGCUCGACGACUCCGUAUACGUGUUCAAGCCUAAAGCCAUCCCAUCCGAAUGAAAGCUAAGCCAUUACUUAUAAUUAACUCUUAACGAAUUUUAUCUGCAUUUAUUAAACUAAUAGUUUAGGCGUUUCGUCAAUUUCAAAUAUAUACUUAUGUAACUAAGAUAUCUUAUUUGUAAUCGCAAAAAAAUCGCGUUAUUUAUAAUCGUUAUUAGAUUAUAAUUAAACACGUUGUUCAGUGAUGAAUGAAGUCUAUAAAUUCUUUUUGUAUCUGUAAUAUACUAUGAUAUAAUGGCCACUCGCUUAUUAGAAUUUUUGACAGGUUUAUAUCACAGACAUCUCGUUACCAUUUUGGACAUACAUUGUCCACCUUACAUUGGGCGGGUAUUUUUAAAGACACAAAAUUGGUAAAUUUGAAUUUGAACUUUGAACACGAUAUAACUGCCGUGAUUUAUUUGCAAGAGUAUUAAGACUGUUGAUGUAUCAACAAAUCGAAUUACACUUGACACGAAUUACACUUGCGUGCAUAACUCGUCAUUCCUGACAUACAAUAUUAAAAUAACAAUACAUUCCGUGUUUUUUUCUUUUAUUUUCAGCCAGUUUAUUUUAAAAAUAAUCUUAAGAAUAACAAAGUAAUAAUGCCUUAAAUAGAAGUGAAUUGUAUAUACUUUACCGGUGCCUAAUGAAUCAGGUAUAACUCAUUAUAUUAAAUUAAACAUUUUGAUAUUAAAUAUUUAAUACAGAUUAAGUGACUUUUUUAAUGUACUCAUUGUUGAGAUUACAAAAACAAAAUGAACUUUGGUUCCAAUUUUCAUAUAUUCCGUAUGGUUAUUAUAUGGUAUUAUACUGGUUAAUUAUAUAAAAUAUGUAUGUGUAUAUUAGUUAUUUACUAACUUAAGGAAAUGCUACCAAAGUGUAUAAUAUGAUUCACUCAGGGUGUAAGAGAAGCGCUCUCGUAAACGGUCAUUGGUUUUAGUGUUAAAAGUUAUUAUUACAUUGAAUUGUAUUGUUUUUAUUCUUGACGUUAAUAAAUAAUGAUUGAAAAACCAUUUAUGUACAUUUAUAUUUAUUAUCGUGACGUAAUUUUAGUUAUGAAUCAGCUGAGACGCAGGGUCAAUGGUCUAGCACGCGCGCGGGGAAAGUUGAGCGAUUUAGUGAAUGUUUUAUAUACGUUUGAGAUUUUAUUUAUUGUUUUUUUUUUCUAUCUAAGCUGAAGUCCUUGAGAAGCUAUUUCAGCGUAGCCCUAUCAAGUAGGUGAGCUCGCG